GUAGAGAAGAAGAGUGUACGAUCAAAGUAGGGCUUAAAUGUAGUACGCGGUAUGGCAGAGGAUUAUUUCCGCGAAUCCAGCUGAAAAAAUAUCAAAAAGUAAAAUUUUUUUCCUAAUAUUUGCUCGCAAAAUUAAUAACCAGCCCGAUCUCCUUUUAAAUAUGUAUAUGUGAUAAAUACGGAAAAAAGAGAAACAAGUGGGGCUUCAAUCAAGAUAAAAAAGUUAUAUAAUUUCGUUGGAAUCAGAUUUUGGCGCAGACAUGAACCGAUCCUCACAUGGUAGUAUUCGUUCAUCUUCUUCUACAGUUUGCAGUAGCAAAUCAUUUCAAAGUAGAAUGGAUAAGGUCUCCGAAAGGCUGUAUGAUAUUGUUAAAAGCGGAUCGAUGGUAAAACGAGCUCAGAAUAAAAAACGUUUUACACCAGUCAACUAUAAACAACGAUGGUUUGAACUCACCAAGAAGUCGUUAUCCUAUUUUGAUGUGGAAAAUAUUGAACGUCGUCGGGAGCGUGGUCGAGUUCCAGUAAAAGGCGUACGCUUGGUUGAAACUGCUAUUGUUAGUGGAGAGGGUGGAGAUCCUUUUGCACCAAACGGAUUUCCGUUUCARGUUGGUUAUUGUGAGUCCUCCAAUGAUCAGCAGCUAUCGGGACGCUCUGUACCGCAAUAUAUUUUAUAUUUAUUAGCGAGUAGUGAAAGGGAACGUGAUGAUUGGAUACGUGCCAUAAGAGAGGUUUGUGAAGAAACAAAUACACCGAAGUCAUAUCGUUUUCAUCCGGGUCUCUGGACCGGUAAAAGGUGGUCCUGCUGUAAAGGAAUAAGUCGAGCAACGUUCGGAUGUCAGGCUGCGACCCAUUGGUUGGAAGCGAAUAAUAAUCCAAGUACAGGAAGCUCUCCUGCCCAGAACACCACUCGUAGUAGUAGUCCGAACAACUCCACCUCGACCAGUCAAUUUAAUCUGCAUCAUAAUAGUUCCGGAAGUUUGGGGAGCUCGACACCUACAUCUGCACCGCUACAACCUUCGGUUACCACCUUUAAGCAAUCACCAAAUAUUUUGAAUAGCGGCGCUACAUCGUUGGACAACACAAUGCCGGGAGGUAUUCCAACGCCGGGUACUCCAAAUUCUAAGUCUAAGGAUAAUUCACAUUUCGUCAAAGUUGUGGUGGCUCUUUACCCGUUCAAAGCAAUUGAAGGUGGCGAUUUAUCACUCGAAAAGAAUGCUGAAUAUGAAGUGAUUGAUGAUUCCCAAGAGCACUGGUGGAAAGUGAAGGACGCUGUGGGCAAUGUGGGCUAUAUACCAAGUAAUUACGUUAAGCCGAAAGCUUUGCUAGGCUUGGAGCGUUAUGAAUGGUAUGUUGGCGAUAUGUCUCGCCAACGCGCUGAAUCUCUUUUAAAACAGGGUGACAAAGAAGGUUGUUUUGUUGUGCGGAAAUCAUCGACAAAAGGUUUAUACACGCUGUCUUUACAUACCAAAGUUCCACAAUCUCAUGUGAAGCAUUAUCACAUCAAGCAAAAUGCGAGAGGCGAGUACUAUUUGAGUGAGAAACAUUGCUGUGAGACCAUACCGGACCUAAUAAACUAUCAUCGACAUAAUUCCGGGGGAUUAGCGUGCCGUUUAAAAUCAUCGCCUUGUGAUAGACCAGUUCCACCAACUGCUGGAUUGUCCCACGAUAAGUGGGAAAUUCACCCAAUGGAGUUAAUGCUCAUGGAAGAGCUUGGUUCGGGACAAUUCGGUGUGGUACGACGGGGAAAAUGGCGCGGAUCCAUUGACACUGCUGUUAAAAUGAUGAAGGAAGGCACAAUGUCCGAGGACGAUUUCAUUGAGGAAGCCAAAGUGAUGACCAAAUUGCAACAUCCUAACCUUGUGCAAUUGUAUGGCGUUUGCUCGAAGCAUCGUCCUAUUUACAUUGUCACCGAAUAUAUGAAACAUGGAUCAUUGUUGAACUACUUGCGCCGGCAUGAGACCACACUGAUUGGUAACAUGGGUUUGUUGUUGGACAUGUGUAUACAGGUUAGCAAAGGAAUGGCUUACUUGGAACGUCACAACUACAUUCAUCGUGAUUUAGCCGCACGUAAUUGUCUCGUUGGUUCGGAAAAUGUCGUAAAAGUCGCAGAUUUCGGUUUGGCUCGUUAUGUUUUGGACGACCAAUACACAAGCUCAGGUGGCACUAAGUUUCCUAUUAAAUGGGCACCGCCGGAGGUAUUGAAUUAUACGCGUUUCUCUUCCAAAAGCGAUGUUUGGGCAUACGGAGUACUUAUGUGGGAAGUGUUCACCUGUGGCAAAAUGCCUUACGGCCGUCUUAAGAACACCGAAGUGGUGGAACGUGUCCAACGUGGUAUUAUAUUAGAAAAACCAAAGUCAUGUGCAAAGGAAAUAUACGAUGUUAUGAAGAAAUGCUGGUCUCACGGUCCGGAAGAGCGCCCCUCAUUCCGUAUUCUCAAGGAGCAACUAGCCCUCGUCGCUCAAACACUAACUGACUAAGCUUCAGCUGAGUUUAUCGAUGCGACAUCAGUGAUUGUCGAAUUAUGUACUGAGUUAAUUUAUAUAGAUAUUAGCUAAGUAAUCGAGGAGUGAAAUAUUAGGAAGGAAAAUAGAGUUUGCCAAAAGCUUAUUCUUUAGAAACAAGUAAAUGCUAAGUAAAGUAAUCAAACUGCUAAUAUGAAUUCAUAAUAUCAUCCAUCUCUUAAAGUAAUCAAUACUUUUGUGGAAACUAAACAAAAAAAUAUAAGUAGGAAUAUAAAACAAGUCAAAUAAUUAAAAAAUAUGAAUAAAGCAAAMAAUUUCAUAUUAAGAAUAACGCUCUUCGCAAGCGUGCGAUUUGCUAAGGUAUUCGAAAAGUUGUCAAGCUGACUUAAAUACAUACAUAAGUUAUGAAUGCAUCCUAAAAUGUUUGUAAUUUUUUCAACUAGCCAGCCACGUUAAUUAAGAAAUGAACAAUUGAAAGAGAGAUUUUUGAACUAUUUUUAGUAAGAAAUAACGUUUAGUAUGCUUUUUUAUUGUGCUUUUUACUUUUAUAUACACAAAAAUGAACGUAUGCAUACAAAAACUAAAUUUAGAUAUAAAUAACGUAAUUCGAAUAUUGAAACUGAUUAAAUAUAAUGACUAUGGAUAUCUUAAAUGUAAGUCAAGACGCCAUGUAUGAUGUGAGAAUAGAGUUCACGUUGAAGAAUUUAUGUAUUAUUUCAUAUUUUUCCGUACAAAACUACGGCAAGUUGAAUAAGAGUAAAAAUAUAAUUAAAAAGCGCAUAUAUAAGUGCAUAGGAAUGAUUUCUUUUAUAAAAUAUGUGCCUAUCCGGGCAAACACUCACCGUUCUAAUAUCUGUUUUUCGUUUACAUAUUUACAUAUUUCCAUAUAUACAUACAUAUGUAUAUUCCUUCAUGGAUAAAAGAAGAACAUGAACGAACACAUUUAUUUUUAAGUCGCAUUGUGUGCGCAUAGUAAUUAUGAAUUAAUAUAAAUUCUUUUGUGAUUUACUUUUAAUAUUUGCAGAUAAAAGUGAAACUUGAAUGCACCUUAUGCGUAUAGCAACCGCCUGUAUUAUUCACUUAAACAUAUACAUUUGUWUAUAYGUAUGUGUAUUUGAAAACAUUAAAUAUAUGUAUGGGUGCAUUUUGCGAUAUUUCAAGUUUUAUUUGAUAAAUAUUUGUAGAACUAUGAUUUACAUUACUAUUUUGAUGUACAAUUACAUAUCCGUUUAUUCAUAUACAAACAUG